AUGGGCUAUAGAGGCCCUAAGUUUACUUGGUGUAAUGGACGAGGGGAUGGUGAGGAAAUUAGUGAAAGGUUGGAUAGGUUCUUAGGAAACCAUCAACUGAAUCUUUUAUUUCCACAAGUUGUGGUGACUCAUGGGAUAGCAGCAUCUUCUGACCAUCUUCCAAUAUGGUUAGAUACUGAGGGGCAAGAUGUGUUGGUGAGGAGGAAAAUACUUUUUAGGUUUGAGGCCAUGUGGGUGGGAAAUGAAAUGUGUACCCAAAUUAUUAAGGAGGUGUGGGAUAGAAGAGGUGAUGGAGAUAGUAUGUUGGAUGUUAUGGGUCUGAUUAAAGGCUGCAGUGAGAAUUUGUUUAGGUGGAAUAAGUCAAGCUUUGGACAUGUUAGACAACAAUUGAAUGGUGCCAGGGAAAGACUAGAACAACUACAUCAAACUGCAGCAUCACAGCCUGGGAAUGUGAGACUGAAGGCUGCUAGAGAUGAGGUCCAAAUUUGGUUAGAAAGGAAGAGAUUAUGUGGAGACAGAGAUCCAAGAUGCACUGGCUUAAGGAGGCUGAUCAGAAUACUAGACUUUUUUCGAACCCUUUUUACUGCUUCUGAACAGAGGAGACAUCUGAAUAUUCUGGAGAAUAUACAGCAGAAGGUUAAUGAUGAGAUGAAUAGGGAUCUUACUAAGAUUUAUACUGCGGAUGAAGUAAAUGAGGCUCUAAAACAAAUGCAUCCAACAAAGGCACACGGCCCAGAUGGGAUGUCACCAAUUUUCUACCAAAAGUAUUGGCAUGUCAUGGGCAACUUAGUGACAUCAACUGUGCUCCGGUCCUUAAAUUCAGGUGUGUUGCCUACUGAUCUUAAUCACACCCUUAUUAGUUUGAUUCCUAAAAAGAAAUGUUGUGAAAUGGUUGCUGAUUUUCGCCCUAUUAGCCUUUAUAAUGUAAUCUACAAGUUGGUUUCUAAGACACAAGGAGCCUUUGUGCCUGGAAGGUUGAUAACUGAUAAUGUGCUAGUGGCUUAUGAGCUUGUGAACUACUUGAGGAAUAAAAGGAAAGGGAAAACAGGGUAUAUGUCCUUGAAAUUGGACAUGAGCAAGGCCUACGAUAGGGUGGAACGGGAUUUCUUAGAAGUUAUCAUGUUGAAGCUUGGCUUUGCUCGUAGUUUUGUGAAGUUAAUCAUGCAGUGUAUUAGUACUGUUUCUUUCUCAGUUUUGGUGAAUGGUUUGCAAAUAGGUCCUAUUUUUCCAAGUAGAGGGAUAAGGCAAGGGGACCCUCUAUCCCCUUACCUCUUCCUUUUAUGCACAAAGGGCUUAACUAGUUUGUUAAAAACUGCUGCGAGGAACAACACUGUCAGGGGGCUGCGUGUGUGUGGAGGAGCUCCAGAGAUUAACCACCUUCUUUUUGCAGAUGAUAGCAUCAUUUUCUGUAAGGCUGAUGUUAGUACAACAAGGAAUAUUCAAUCUAUUUUUGACAAGUAUGAGUCUGCCUCUGGUCAGAAAAUUAAUAGACAAAAAACUGCUAUGGUCUUCUCAAGGAAUGUGAGAAAGGAUAAACAAGGGCUUUUGCUGAGAUUAAGAGUAGGGUCUGGAAUAAAUUACAAAGUUGGAAAGAACAAUUGCUGUCUCAGGGGGGAAGAGAGAAUUUUUAAAGCAAGAUACUUUCCACAAGGGGAUUCUUUUGCUUCCAAGCUAGGACCAAACCCCUCUUACACAUGGAAAGGGAUAUGGGAAGCCAAAAAGUGGUUGGUGCAAGGUUGCAGAUGGAGAGUGGGUUCAGGAGAAAAUAUUCAUAUCUGGAAGGAUGCUUGGAUUCCUGGUCACAAGCCGUUGGUGGAUGAAUUGAUCUUGAGGGAAGGUAUUGACAUGGAUGAGACAGUGGACAUUCCACUUGAUCCAGAAACAAAAGGAUGGAGGAUGGAUCAUAUUAGAGCUCUCUUUAAUCCAAUUGUAGUAGCUGACAUCUUGAAAAUAAGGCUGUCAUCCAACCAGUAUGAAGAUAAAUGGAUAUGGACAGAAGAAAAGAAUGGGGUUUUUAGUGUUAAAAGUGCUUAUAGACUUAUACAAGACUUGCGGAGCAGUAGUGAGGGGGAGAGUUUAGAUGCUACAGACCAAAGGAAGCUGUGGAAGAUGCAGGUGCCAAAGAGAAUUCAAAUUUUUGCAUGGCGAGCUUGUAAAGACAUAUUGCCUACUCUGCAUAACCUGAAAAAGAAGAAAGUAGAUGUGGAAGAUAGGUGUUGUUUCUACAAGGAAGCCCCUGAGGAUGUUCAUCAUGCCUUAGUGUAUUGUCCAUCUUUCAAAGGUUUAUGGCAGAAUUAUGUACCUGUUAUGCAGCAAUUACCUCUAGAUUUGGAUUUCUUGGCUGUUAUUAUUCUUGAUAGAGGAACAAAACGCAACAAAAUGCAGAUGGAACAACUCUUGCUUCAGCCCGAGCAGGUUAUUAACCACUCCCUGUCUAUGCAUAAAACUUUUACUGACUUGAGAGUUUCAACAACUCAAAAUGCCAAUAGAGCAUGCAGAUGGAAUCCUCCUCCAAGAGAUUUUCAAAAAUUGAUUGUGGAUGGAGCUGUGUUUUUAUAUGUGAGAAAAGUUGGUGUGGGGGUGGUACUUCGCGAUGACAAAGGUAAACUAGUGAUGCCUGCAAGCAAGAUUGAAAAUGAGGUAGAAAAUCCAUCUACCAUUGAACUGGUAGCACUAUUAAGAGGUUUACAACUGAUUGUCCACUUGGGGUUUUCAAAACUUGUUGUUGAGAGUGACUGUAUGUUGUUGGUUCAAGAACUUAAUAAAGAACAAGACUUCUUGUCAGCAGAUGGUAAUCUUAUUAUAGAAGCUAAGAGCUUGCUUAAACAUUUUCAAGAGGUUGAAGUCCAACAUGUGCAUCGAAUGGGGAAUGAGGUAGCUCAAAGCUUAGCACGUUAUACUUGGAAUGUCGAUAAUAUUUCUAUGUGGUGGGAGCAUGUUCCUACUUUUAUUGAUCAUCCUCUUUGCAUUGAUCAAAACAAUAUGUUCUGA